AUGCAGGCUUUUGAGCUUUGGUACUACUCAUCAUACCUAUUCCCUACAGCAGCGUUUACGACCAUCUCUCCUUCCCCACCCUCCUCCCCCUCCCCUCCUCCCUCCUCUCCUUCCCCUCCCCUCUCUCCAUCCCCCUCCCCCACAACCUCCCCGUCUCCUUCCCCACCCCCGCAAGCCCCCCCUUCUGCCUCUCCACCCUCUCCACCCUCUCCUCCCUCCUCCAACUCCUCUUCUCUCUCGCUCGGAGUGAUUGUGGGCGUUGCGAUUGGAGCAGCGGCGCUUGUCAUUGCUUGUCUCGCCCUGAUAUGCAUCCUCGUUAGGGGCAGACCCGCUACUGGGCCCAACUCAGCUGGCCUGUUCCGGCGCUACAGCCUAGCAGAGGUGCUACAGGCGACGGACAACUGGGCGAGCUACAACCACCUGGGCAGCGGGGGCUAUGCGGACGUGUACAAGGGGGUUCCGCCCUCUGCUCGAGUGGGCAGGGGAAUGGAGAGGGGGAGGUGGGCUACGGGGACGUGCCUGUUCCGGCGCUACAGCCUGAAUGAGGUGCUACAGGCGACGGACAGCUGGGCGAGCUACAACCACCUGGGCAGCGGGGGCUACGGGGACGUGUACAAGGGUGUGCCGCCCAGUGCGAGAGUGGGCGGCGGAGGGGGCGGAGGGGGCGGAGUGGGAGGAAUGGGGGGAGUGGGGGGAGAGAGUGGGGAAGCAGGUUUGGCAGGAGCGAGUGUGAAGGAGACUGCGAGAGGGAGUGAGAGAGGGAGUGGGAUAGGGAGUGGAAGGGGAAGUGUGUGGGGGAGUAAGAGGGGAGGGAGUGGAAAGGGGGAGGUGGGGAUUACAGUGGAGGCAGGGGAGCCGCAGGUGUGGGCGGUGAAGAGAGCCAAGAUUCGCACCAACGACUUUCACAAGGAGGGUAGGGGAGCCUCCUCCUCCCCCAGCCCCCCCUCUUACCCUUUACAGGUAGAGCCGAUGGGUAGAGCUGAUGGCGAGCAAGCAUCACCCACAUCUCGUCCAUCUGCUGGGGUAGAGCUGAUGGCGAGCAAGCAUCACCCGCACCUGGUCCGUCUGCUGGGGUACUGUGUUACAACAGACGCCAAGACGCACGAGCAGGAGCAGAUCAUCAUCUAUGAGUUCAUGGAAAAUGGGGAUCUGGAGCUCCUGCUGAGAAAUCUUGCCUCCAAGCCAGUGAGCCUGCAGCAGCGGCUGGAGAUGAUGAUAGGAGCAGCAAGGGGCCUGGAGUACCAUCACAGCUUCUCAAUGGUGCAUCGGGACGUGAAACCAGCCAACAUACUGCUGGACGGCAACUGGCAGGCCAAGAUAGCUGAUUUCGGGCUGACCAAGAUGGGAGAGGGCAACGCAUACAACCCUCAGGACUCCACUCGAGUGCUCGGCACGCCGGGCUAUGUGGACCCUGUGUAUGGGCGCACCCGCAAGGCCACCCCUGCAAAUGACGUGUUCAGCUUCGGCAUCGUGAUGCUAGAGCUUCUGACGGGGCAAAGGGCCAUUGUGUCGGUUUCUAAAUACGACGACCCGAUCAACAUCAGCAAAUGGGCACGGUCUCACCAAUAA